UGAUUCAGUAACAUACAGAACAUGGCCGACUUGUCAGAAAGCCGAUGAGAAAACAGGACGUUAAAGCUUCCUUUUAGCGCAAACACUUAAAAAUAAAGUGAAAAGCAUUGGCUGAAGAAGGCCGAGAACGUUAGUGCCAAAAGAUGAGCGCCGUCUCGCCGGCUGUGACUAACGGCCCCAGUGAGCAGAAUGGGGAGGGUGAGCAGGUGUGGGAGAGGCCGUGGUCCUUGGAGGAGAUUCGCAAGACGAGCGCUAACUGGUCACUGGCCGCUGACUCUGGACUCUUCCUGUUUCUGCAAGACUUCUCCCAGAGGAUGCUGUCCAAGACGCACGAGAUCGAGAAGCAGCUGGACGGCCUGAUCCGAGACACCAAGGCCACAGACUGCUGCCUUCACACUGUCUUCAACGACUUCCUUAUGCUCUCCAACACGCAGUUCAUCGAGAACCGGGUGUAUGACGAGGAGGUGGAGGAGCCCGUAUCAAAACCUGAAGCUGUGGAGAGACCACCGGAGCAGGAGAAGACGCGGGAACAGAAGGAGGCGGAGCUCAUUCCAAAGGUCCAGGAGGCGGUGAACUACGGCCUGCGGGUUCUGGAGUCUGCCUUCGAGCAGCUGGACAUCAAAGCUGGAAACUCGGACUCGGAAGACGAGGAAGUCGCAGAUCGAGUCGAGCCCAUUCUGGAACCGAAGGACCUGUAUGUGGACAGACCCCUGCCGUACCUGAUUGGAUCCCAGCACUUCAUGGAGCAGGAUGACGUGGGCCUGGGCGACCUCUCCAGUGAAGAAAUGUCCAUAGACAGUGACCGAGACAGCGUCAUUGACAGUGAUGAAGACAAGAAUGAUGACCAGUCCGAUUACCAGUCUGAAGAAGGACAAGGGAGCAUAAAGAAAAAGUCAUCGAUGGCAAGCGAUGAGGAUGAGGAAGAAGACGACGAAGAGGAAGACUCAGAUAUAUUUGGCGACUCCGACAAAGAUGAAAAUGAAGACGGAAAGAGCUCCACUGGCCCCUCCUCCUUUGCAGAUGAACUGGCUGCCCGCAUUAAAGGGGAGGUGCCACACAAACCAGAGGAGGACCGUGCAUCUCUAAAAUCCUCCGCAUCCGCCACAAAGAGGAAGAGUAAAGGAAAAAAAGAGCCGAAGGCGGCUAAACCUCAGGUUGCCCCUGACAACGAUGACAUGUUCAGCCCUCCCAAAAUGGAGGAUGAGGACUAUUCUCCAUUUGGAGGGAAAGGCGGUCUGUUCAGCGGAGGAAGGGGCUUGUUUGAUGAUGAUGAUGAGGGUGAUUUGUUCUCUGAUGCACCAAAACAAGAGCAGAGGGUAGCCAGUCCUGCUCCAGCUGCUAAAGAUCCUGUUUCAUCCAAGUCCAAUAAGAAGAUUCCGACAGGGGCCGUCUCUAUAUUCCCAGAAGGCAGUCUGUUUGGCUCCCCGGCCAAUGGCUCCAACUCCUUGGAGGACCGUGAAAAUGGGGGCCCAGCCAAACCCCGGCCGGCCCCCAAACAGGCCCCCAAACAGGCCCCCGUGGGCGGGCUCUUUGACGACGAUGGGGACGACGAUGAUUUCUUCAGCGGCAGCACUCUCAAGAAGUCUGCCUCUGCGGGACACGAGAAACCCAAGCAGAAGAAGGCGGUGGAUUUGUUCGGAGGAGACGGAGACGAUGAAGACGAUGGGGACGGGGACAUUUUCGGCGAGGCGUCGGGGGUGCCGCCCUCCAAGCAGAGCCCGAAGGAGGAGGAGACGGCGGCCCCAGCGCCUGAGAAGAAGAUGCCUGCAGGGGCCAUCUCCAUGUUCGGACCCGGGACCAAGAACGUCCUAGUAGAGGGCCUAAAGAGACGUCAACACUCCACCAGCGAGGAGUCUGAGAAAGCGGAGGAGAACGUACCGGGGGGAGAUGUUGCCAAACCGUCACCUAAGCCUGCAGCGAAACCCCAGACCCGAGGGCUCUUCUCUGACGAUGAGGACACACAGAUCUUUCCUUCUGCUGCCAAACCUCAGACAAAGGCUGAGCCCGCUGUCCAAAGCAAACCCAGCAAAGCGCUUUCCAUAUUCGACGACGAGGAAGAAGAGGAUCUGUUUUCGUCUGGACCCCCGAAAUCGAAAACGAACCAGGCGAAAAGCGCCUCGGUGCAGAAGCCCAGCAAGCCGGUGUCCAGCGGUCUUUUCAGCGACGAUGAGGAUCAGUGGAUGAGCAGCAAACCCAGCGAGGCGAAGCCUGAUGUGAAAACCGGAGGAAUGCGAGGCAGCAACAGCGCCCCCUCCAGUCUCCCCAGCGCUAGAGCUGCUCAGAAAGACAGCCCGUUUGACGAGGAAGACCACAACCUCUUCACCGCCACCAAGGAGACAAGUAAGAAGAAGUCGCAGAGAGUUUCUCUGCUGUUUGAGGAGGAAGAGGAAGAUGAAGAAGGCAGGGGUUCCCUCUUUGGUUUCCAGCCACCGGCCCCAAAAAGCAGUGCCCCUGAUGUGAAAGCCACAGACGCUGAACCUCCCUCCCGGUUAGAUGAAGAGAAGGAGAAGGAGGAGGACACACAGAGCUCACCACAGGAGAGCGUGGAGCCCAAGAAGAAGCCUGCGGGGGCCGUCAGCCUGUUUGGGGGCAUCGAUGUUCUGGGACAGAAAGAGGAAGUGGCCAAGCCAACCAAGACUCCUCUGGAAGACCCAGACAAGGACGACUUCCUGUACAGGGACAGCCCCCCUCCCAUGGACGAAGAGCCCAGGGCCAAGAAGAACGUUGUGAGCCUGUUCGAUAAUGACGAUGAAGACGAGGGGGAGGAAGAGGAGGCUGUGUCUGUGUCCAGCCAACCAGCCGCCAAGAACACACUCAAGGACCCGGAGCAGAAGACGCGGACCAAAAGCACCAGGGUCUUCCAAGACGAGGAGCUGCUCUUCACCCAAAAACUGCAGAAGGACAACGACCCGGACGUGGACCUCUUCUCCACAUCCGUGAACCCAGCCAGCCUUCCGCCGAGCUCAGUUAAACCAGGAGCCCCGAUGCUGUUCGGGGACGAAGACGAAGAUGACCUUUUCAGCUCGGCGAAACACAAAGCACCACCAAAAGUCGCAGAGAAGCCCAGAAUAGAGGAACUGCACAUCAAACCGGUGAGCCUACCGGUGUCCGGAGACGCUGAGAAACCUACAAGCCCUGUAAAAUCUAAAGAACCCUCCUCAAGGAUUGGAAAACUCCAAGCCAACCUGGCCAUCAGUCCCGCUCAGCUCCUCCCUGGGGCCGUCCCUCGGAUGCCAGGGGCGGUGAGCGUGUUCCCUGGCCUCUCGCCCACCUCCCCGUCUCCCCCGUCUUUCUCCUCCUCUUCUUCCUCCUCCUCCUCGGCCCUGGCACAGACUCCCAGCCCGGCCAGCUCCUCCGCACCCCAGGCCGGCAGAGAGGGAGGGGUGAGCUUCGAUGGCCCCGCCCAGGUCACCACGCUACAGAGCACUAACAAGGGUCGUGCCAAAGGAGCCGGCCGGCGCAGGCCGCAGACGCGCGCAGCCAGACAGCUGGCGGCCCAGGAGGGCCAGGAGGAGGCGGGGUCUGGCGGGGCGGGGGCCGGCGGGACGGGGUCCGGAGCGGCCCCGCUCACCGACGCUCCCCCUAACCCCUCGGCCCUCAGGCUGCCCAUCUUCCCCCCGGCGGAAACCCAGGGCGCCAAGCCCAAGAAGCCCCGCCCUCCCGCCACCACCGCCCCCACUGCUGCCGAAGAGGACCUCUUCGCGUCCGGCGACCUCUUCGCCCCCGCCAGCAAGCAGACGCCCUCGCCCAAGCCCAAAUCCGCCAGCCCGGAGCAAGCGCCCAGCCCGGCCCUGAAGAAGGAGGACGUCCCAGCCAUCUUCGACGACCCCGGCGGUGACCUCUUCCAGACCGCCAAGCACAAACCCGCCAAAAAGCCCAAGGCCGCAGCCUUCCUGGAGGAAGAGGACGACGACAUUUUUGGGGGACGGAAGAGCACCACAGUCACGCUUACGAAAGAACCUCCCGCCGAAUCCAACCCCUCCAAACAGGACAUUUUCCAGGAUGAAAAGCAAGAAGCUCCCAAGAAGCGGAAAGGAAAAGCUUUAGACGCAAGCUUGUUUGAUGAUAAUGUGGACAUCUUCGCUGACUUGACGACCACAACAAAACCAAAAGAGAAGAAGUCAAAGAAGAAGGUGGAAACAAAAUCUAUAUUUGAUGAUGAUAUGGAUGACAUAUUUUCCUCUGGGACCGUAAAACCUGUGGUGAAGCCCCAGUCCAAAUCAAAGAAGCCCCAGCCAUCCAAGGACACCACUGUGGCAGAGGAAACAAACCACAGUAUUUUUGAUGAUCCACUGAAUGCACUGGGAGGAAACUGAACUAUCUCAACUGUCACAUCAUAAUACUGUGCCGAAAGACUUGUGAUUUGAAGAGUCUGACUCAGGCAGGGUGUAGUAACACUGCCCACAGUCUGUUUAUAAAGUUUAUAAUCUCUACAAAAAAAUUAAUAAGUUAUCAUAAAUUCACUAUUAACUCCCAUUGAUAUUCUAAAGGCAUCACUGUUAAAAGAUUUGUUAGCAAUUGUUAACUGUGAUCAGAGAUACAUUUCCAUUUGUUUUGUUAUUUUCCAUGGUAGCACUUUAAGCAUAUGUUUAUCUGUUUACAAAUAUAAAAAAAUAAAAUGAUAAAACUAUGUCAAAUAUUUCAUCAGGUCUUAUUAUUUUCAAAUUGCACUCCCAUGAUAGGAUAUAUCAUUGCAAGAUUAUUUACAGUAAUUUGUUUUUAUCAACUGUACCGUGCAGGCUAAAUACUGCUACGAUUCUUAAUCUGUAUAGGCUAUACUUUUGAUUUUUUUUAUUUAUUAAAAAAAAUUUUUUUUUUAUGUUUUGUGGGGUUUUAAACGUUGGGAGAGGUUUUUUUCAUUUUGCUAUGAAAGAUAGUGGCUAUUGUUUUGAUUACUGUUGUUUUGUAUCAUUUAAUGUGGAAUGGGUGACUUCUUGCCAGAUUAUGUAAGGCCCUACCUUUUAGUUCUGCAUCUUGGUAAAUUAUUUGGUGCCCUUCUAUUAUUUUGUGAAGCUAUAGUUAAUUCCAAAAGAAUUUGGACAGUUGUGUCAAACUGGCUGUUGUAAUAAGCAAAUUUGUAUUUCAAAUGUGCAUUUCAAAUCAAACAAUGACUAUGAGGCAAAAUUCACAAUGAGUUUAUUUAAAAUGUGUUUUUUUAAACGGGCAUUGUACUGGAAUGACCGUCAGCAGUAUAAUCUAUUUAUAAAUUAUGGUAUGGGCAUGGGUUGUCCUUUGUAAGUAUUUGUACAAUUUGCUUUAUAUGCUGAAAGAUACAAGCAUGCAGAUGAGGGACAUAAAACUGUGUAUGAUGACCAAGAAAGCUAUUGUGAGGAUUAAACAUAACCAAGGAGCUUAUCAGGAAUAAAAAGUGCUUGACAUGGCCCAGUCAGUCACCAGGUUUAAACCCCAUUUAAAUGCUUUUCACUUGAUGCACAGAAAACACACAGCAACUAAAAGAAGCAGAGGCAAAAGCUUGACAGCAUCUCAAAGAAUCACACCAUGAACCUAGUGAUGUCCAUGAUGUUGAUGCAGUUGUCAAAUGUAACGUGUAUGCAACAAAAUAUUGACCUUGCAAGUCAUUACAUUUGUCAGAACUUACUGUUUCCCAAUACCUGUCCUGACUUGAAAUAGGGGGACUUGACUCAAUGAAUGGCAUUGUUGUAAAAAGUUCAAUAUAUGCUAAACAAAAGCCAUUAAAUAAAUAGACAUUUUGGA